AUGGAACGAGCUGCACGCUCGGCGAGCAAUUGGAACUCGCUGCUGCUGGAGGCACGCGCACAGAGGAUGGGUCAGCUGCCGACAUGGGACUUUGGCACCGGCAGAUUCCAGGUCGAUCAAGGCUCGCGGGAGUACUACUCGGACGCGCACAACCAAGCGAUGAAGAAGGAACAGCAUAUGCAUGGCAGCGAUAAGCGCGCUCGCUAUUGA